UAUGUUAAUAUUAUAAAUAAAUUUUAAAAAAUAAAAAUAAAAUUAUUUUAUGAGUUUUUAUUUGAAAAGUAACUAGUAUUAAAUUAAAAAAAUUUCAAAUUGUUUUUAAAAAUACUGACAGUGCCUUAAUUUCCUGCUUUCUACCUCUUUACCUCCCAAACAAAACCACCGUGACCCUUCUCUCUCGCUCUCAGACAAACACAGAAUCAUCUCUUUAAAUUGAAAGUGCAAAACUUAUUUCCCUUUACGUUACAUGCACUUAAAAUCUCCUUUCUUGAUUUUAACGACUCCAAAAUCUAGUCCUUAUUUUGUUGGUAUGGUUCACUCCUGACUGCUUAAACUCGAAUUAACUGCUACUCUUGCAUUCCUGAAAGAACAAUAAAACUAUGGUUCUUUAUGAUUCUUUGUUGUUUUGGAGCUGUAUUACUACGUGUUUAAUUAGAACUGGGGUUACAGGUUGUGGGUUCAUGUGAUUCUAGUAGAAACUUUUUUUGUUUUUGGGUUUUUGUGGGGUUCUUAGGUUAUAUGAAUGUUGAGGGUUGGUGAAUCGAAGAUUUGGAGUUUUUUUUUUUCCUUUUUUUUAAAAAAAAUUUGGAGGUUUUAAAUUUAUCUUUUGGAAGAUUUGAUGGAAACCCAGUUUGUUUAAUUGUGGUUUUGUGGCGCUGGUUUAGUAGUUUUUUUGGGGGGAUUUUUUUUAUCUGUUUUGGUUAUGAAUUUUGAUAAGCAGCAAUAGAACUCGAGAAAAGGGCAACAAGGGGAUGGUAGUUUUGACUCGAGAAAGAGAGAAAAGAAUGUUGUGAGGAGUUAAGACUUUUUUGAUGCACCUCAAUGGAGUUUGUAGGUUAAGAUCUGCUGCUCUUGUUUGAGAUUUCAAGGGCAAAGAUAUUGAAUUGUGACCUUUUUUUAAGAAUGUGAUAAUUGCAUUGCUAUUUGAGGCAGUCAUUUUAAAAUGCAGAUAUAAAGGAUAUUAUUGGUCAGUUGAUCGAUGGUAUUUAAGUUCCCAAGUUUGCAUAUUCGAAAAAUGUCGGGAUUAAAUUAAAAUGGUAUUGAGGUUGUUCUUUAGGUUUAAUUACACGUGCCUGCUUUCAUGUUCUUGGAAGUACUGUUGCUGUAUUAGUUUAAUUUGUUAAUGCUUCAAUUAACGAAUGCAGCAUAAAGCUGUUGGUUACUGCAUUUUACAUGCUCACAUGAGUUUGUUUUAUAUAUAUAUCUGUUUGCAACAUUUGGGUAUCUGUUUUAAAUUCCAAGGAAUCUCAGGAUUGGAAUUUCAUGCCUUUAUUGUCUUCUGAGCAGUAUUCAUUUUUAAUUACACAUGUUUGUGUCUCCUAUUACAGAUAAUGGUUUCGUGCAUUGCUUUAUUUGUUUUUGUAUCAGUCAAGUAACAAUGUGUUUGGUUUCUGAAAACACAUGAGAUGGCUGGAAACUUGAUUUGAAACAAUGUUUUUCCUAACAAUGAUUUGAUUACUUCUAUAGUUGUAACUUCAUUUGUGGUACUUUUUGUUUACCUUUCAAAGAAUCUCUUAAUUAUGAUGUCAGUUGCCUCCAAGUUACAUUUUUUACCUCUUAUCUAAUGGUGUAGAUCUUUGGUUCUUCCGUCAAGAGGUGAGUUGUUUUGAGCAAAUACGAUGAAUUUCCCAAUAAUGUAAUACCAGUAAAGUGAAGCUUAGAAUGUCAUUCACCGAUGCACCGCUGCCAAUUCCACAUGUGCCCUAAAGAAAGACAGCAAGGCAAAACCAUUGGAUGAUAACUAUCUUGCCAUUCCAUGGAUAUCACACACAGAUGCUCUCCUUGCCUUUAAUUUCCUACUUAGAUGGGCUAUAUUCCGUGAGCAUGUAGAGGCGAUCUUCCAUGAUCUGAAUUUGUUGUCUGACGCACACUGCAUCCAUAAAUGGCCAAUAACCCUCAAUUCUCUGGAAUACAGCCUCUUCAGCCUCCUCUGGUGGGCCCAAUGGAUCCUCCUCGAAAUUUGUUUCCACCACCACCGAUGCCUGUUCAAUUCCGACCCAUUGUUCCAGUGCAGCCACAACAAUUCAUUCCUGUGAGUUCUCCACACUUUCAGCCUGUUGGCCGGGGUGUCACUGUGAUGAAUGCGGGAUUGCCUCCUCAACCCCCACAACCUCAAUUUCCUCAUCCAAUGCAGCAGUUACCAGCUAUACCUAACCAGCCAAGCCAUGGUCCUCCUCCACCACCACCACCACAGGCAAUUCUAUUGCCAAAUGCUCAGCCAAACAGGCAUGUCAUGUCUGGAUCUCCACUGCCUCCACAUAGUGUUCAAACUCCAAACAACUAUAUGCCUGGUUUAGGUGGCUUGGGAGUGCCUCUAUCUUCAUCGUAUACUUUUGCACCAUCUUCACAUGGUCAACCACCCGUAACCUUUAACGCUGUAUCUCAAUAUCAGCCUAUGCCUCAAAUGCAUGCACCGUCUAUUCCCUCUGGAGGACAGCCAGCAUUACCAUCCAUGAACCAGAACACUGCACUUGUUUUGCCUAUACAGCACAAUGGUGAACAGUCUUCAAUUACCGCUGCCAAUGUUCUGGCAACUGGUAUCCAACCUAGGCCGACUGAAGAAGCCUUGACAGAGUGGAAAGAACAUACAUCUGGUAAUGGAAGGAGGUUUUAUUACAACAAGAGGACAAAGCAAUCUAGUUGGGAGAAGCCUUUCGAGUUAAUGACACCAAUUGAGAGGGCAGAUGCAUCAACUGACUGGAAGGAAUUCACAAGUCCUGAUGGACGAAAAUAUUACUUCAACAAAGUUACAAAGCAGUCAAAAUGGGAAAUCCCAGAAGAAUUGAAGUUGGCCCGUGCACGAGUAGAAAAGCCAUCUAUCAUGGAAACACAAUCGGAAGUCUCUGCUAAUUCUCAUGCCCCUACUUCUGUUCUUCCAUCUAUGGGUAAGGCACCAUCUAGUGCCGAUGCUUUGUCUUCUACAGCUCAAGGGGCACCAUCAAGUCCAGUUCCUGUUAAACCUGUUGCUGUUGCUGGUAACUCGCAAUCUCAGUUAGCUUCUGAAUCAUCAGCCCUACGUGUUAUGCCCUCUUCCAUGACGACCAAUGCAGAUGAAGUUCAGACAACCGAGAGUCCUGUUGCUGGUGUUCCAAAAAAUGCUGAAAUCAAUGCUACAGCAGUUAACACAAUAACUGCACCAAUGAGCGACAGCUUUUCUGCUCAUGAUAAACCUAGUUCAGAAGAUGAUGCUCCUGCACAAGAUAAACAGGAAGCUGAAAAAGAUGUUGUCAUAGAUGAAAAGGUUAACAAUGUUACAUUGGAAGAGAAAUCAAUUAAUCAGGAUCCCUUACUUUAUGCUGAUAAGCUGGAGGCAAAAAAUGCAUUUAAAGCACUUUUGGAGUCUGCAAAUGUUGGGUCUGAGUGGACCUGGGACCAGGCCAUGAGAGUAAUAAUUAAUGAUAAAAGAUAUGGUGCAUUAAAAACACUUGGAGAGCGGAAGCAAGCAUUUAAUGAGUUCUUGGGUCAGAAGAGAAAACAGGAAGCUGAGGAAAGGAGGAUUAAACAGAAAAAAACACGGGAAGAAUUCAAGAAAAUGCUAGAAGGGUCCAAAGAGCUGACAGCAUCCAUGAGAUGGAGUAAAGUAGCGACUCUGUUUGAAAACGAUGAGCGGUUUAAAGCUGUUGAACGAGAAAGAGACCGUAGAGAUCUGAUUGAAACCUACUUGCAGGAACUUGAAGAAAAGGAACGAGCGAAGGCACAUGAGGAGCGCAAGAGGAACAUCAUGGAAUACAGGCAGUUUUUGGAAUCGUGCGAAUUUAUAAAGGCAAGCACCCAGUGGCGAAAAGUACAGGAUCGGUUAGAAGCUGAUGAAAGAUGUUCACGCCUUGAAAAAAUUGAUCGCUUAGAAAUUUUUCAGGAUUAUUUACAUGAUUUGGUGAAGGAAGAAGAGGAGCAAAGGAAGAUACAGAAGGAAGAACAAAGAAAGGCAGAGCGUAAAAAUCGUGACGAGUUCCGCAAGCUGCUUGAAGAACAUGUUGCUUCAGGAACUCUUACAGCCAAAACUAACUGGCGUGAUUAUCACCUAAAGGUUAAAGAUUUGCAUGCAUAUGUGGCUGUCGCUUCAAAUGCCUCAGGUUCAACUCCAAAAGAUUUGUUUGAAGAUGUCUCUGAGGAGCUACAGAAACAAUAUCAUGAGGACAAAACUUGGAUAAAAGAUGUUGUAAAGUUGAAAAAGGUUCCUUUGGCAUCAAACUGGACACUUCAGGAUAUGAAGGUUGCUAUUAUCGAGGAUGUUAACUCUCCACCUAUAUCAGAUGUGAACCUAAAGAUGGUAUUUGAUGAGUUGCUGGAAAGAGCAAGGGAAAAGGAGGAGAAAGAAGCCAAGAAGCGUAAACGUCUUGCAGAUGAUUUUCUCAAUCUACUACAGUCUAUCAAGGAUAUAACUGCAUCUUCAAAGUGGGAGAGCUUCAAGGAAAUCUUCGAAGGAAGCCAAGAGUACAGUUCCAUUGGUGAAGAAGCCUUCUGCAGGGAGAUGUUUGAGGAAUAUAUAUCCCAACUGAAAGAACAGGAGAAGGAGAAUGAGCGGAAACGAAAGGAGGAAAAGGCAAAAAAGGAAAAAGAGAGAGAGGAAAGAGAUUGGAGGAAAGCUAAGCAUAGAAGCGAAAAGGAGAGGGGACAUGAAAGAGACAAGGAGCACACAAGGAAGGAAGAAGCUGAUGUUGAAAUCUCUGAUACAACAGAAACUCAAGUUUGUAGUGAUAAGAAAAGAUCUGGGAGUGACAAUAGCAGCAGGAAACAGAGGAAGAGGCAUCAAAAUGCUGUGGAUGAUCUGGAUGAAAGUGAGAAGGAUCGGUCCAAGAGUUCCCAUAGACAUGGCAGCAAUGACCACAAAAAAUCAAGAAGGCAUGGUUCCACCCCUGAGUCAGACAGUGAAAGCAGGCACAAGAGACACAAGAGAGACCACCGUAAUGGUUCUCGUAGGGCUGGUGGUAAUGAGGAUCUCGAAGAUGGGGAAUUUGGUGCUGAGAAAAAGCAGGCCCAACAACCUCCUGUAAAUCUGCGAAACCAGCAAGGCUAUGCUUUUCAAUCAAUGAUUUAACUAGAAGCGAGACACUGUUCAUUGAAGCCACUCUAUUUCUCCAAACUGCCGGGGCUUUUCAAUUGUUUUCGAAACAGGUUCGUGUUUCUGAGCUUUAUGGCAGCUUGAAACUGGCUGGUUUUGACUAGUGCGAGUGAACUUAAGCAGCAACAACUUCAGGAUCUUCCUAGUCUGCUCAAUCCUUCUUUUGUUCAAAUCAUAACUGCGUGGUCCCUUUUGCUUCUUGUUCAACAUGAUCUUUCGUUCUGAAAGGUAAGCGUCUAGCACAAAAGGCUUCUGUUGCUCUUGGAGAUACUCCCAUAGCUGUUUUGAUGAAGAAGAAGCCAUUCAAGUCCUGCAGACUUGUGUGUUUGAUUUUGCAAGUGUGAUCAGAGAGAAGGGGUGAUGAGGUAUGAAGUGCAGCAGGCGUAUUUGUAGUUGGAACUGAAAAGGAGCAUGUAUGUCACAUUGAAGGAUAAAAAAAUAUAAAGAAAAGACGAUAAAAGGGUGUAGAUUUAAAUAUGUGGAAGACAGAAUUUUGACAUCUUUCUUCUUCUUCAUGCUCUGUUGUCUGAAAAUUUUGGCAUCAUCAAUCAAUUACAAGACUGCCUAGUUUUUACUUUUGGCUGUCCGCAAUCUGUGGCUAGAUUGCUUGGGACUAUAAUAAGAUACGCCUGCAGGAUGAUAUCUAAA